AUGCAAGAUGUCCUGGGAAAGAUCCGCGAGUCGAAGUACGACGACAAAUGGAGCAACGGAACAGAGAAGAAUAUCAUUGCUUCGGCCAAGCUCUAUUCGCCUCUAGCUUGCACCUCCAGUGACCCUGAGAAUAUCCGAGUCUACUACCUCUCCACCGAGAACACUAUCAAUGAUGUUACUUAUGAAAAAUCUAAAGGGUGGUAUGAGGGUAAUCUUGGUAAAGAGCGUUUUAUUACCGCACCGUAUUCAAAGCUGGCCGCUUGUCACCCCAAUGGUCCCUACGGGACUAUCAGGGUCUAUUGUCAGAUGGCAGACAACACGAUUCAGGAAUACGGACUGAAGGGAUUUGUUUCAUGGGAUACUAAAACUAUUGAUAGUGUGUAUUUCCAGCAUAUGGAGCAUGGCAUCAUCGAGAAGUGCUACGACAGCAAACGCGGCUGGUAUGGUGGAGGCGCCAAGCUCCCAAAGGUCCAACCCCGGACGUCUAUAGCUUGCACUAGUUACAUGACCAGCUCGGAAACCGUCGGAAUUCGGGUCUUUUACAAUACUUCGAAUACGAUGCGUGAGAUGGUGUACGACGGCAAGUCCUGGACCGAGGGACACUUCCUUGCGGACUGUAUCCCGGGAACGCAGAUUGCUUGCAUCAGCUGGAUGAAUGGCCCGCGUCCGGAGGUUCGGGUGUAUUUCCAGGCUGGUCAUGAGAUUUCGGCGAUUACGGAGUAUGUAUGGACUCAGGGGCGUUGGUCAUCCGGGAAGCUUGCACUUCCUCCUGCGUGA